CAGGGACCGGAGCGGAGAGCGGCUCAGACACAUCUGCUCUCCGCCUGGCCGGGACCGAUCUGCACUGGUCUCCACUCAGCUUCAGCGGAGGAUGACUAUUGAACUCCAGCCCUUCCCCUGAAGAAGCUCUGGGCUCAUUUUGAUGGAGUGAGAUACUGCUAUUUGAAGAUACCUGCAAAAGAAAAGUCCUAACUUUGAAUCCCGGAGCUGAAGCUUCAGAGAACUGCAGUCAUGGAUGGCAUAGACACCUUGCAGAACUCUGCCCCAGAGACCAAGGCAGAGCGAAUCGCUCGCUACAAGGCAGAAAGAAGGAGGGAGCUGGCCGAGCGCUAUGGCAAUACCGAGGAAUUCACCUCCAAAUACGUCCGGAGGGACAAGAAAGCUGGCGACGCAGCCGAAUCCAUAUCUUCCGCAGUCAAGGAGAAGGAAAAACACGAGGAUAAUGGAGCCGAACAGACGUGUACGAGAAGGGGCCUCAGGAAUAAAGCUGCCGAGAGAUAUGGCGAGGAAGAGGAACAAGAGGCUGCCAGUCACCGGAAAACAGACACAUCGGAGAUCACAUCUUCCAAUUUCAGGCUGAUGGAAAGCGGUGACACAGAGGAGCCAAAGGUGGAUGAGAAGCCAAAAGAUCUGGCCAAGACGAGCGUGGCUUCCAAGAUGUCUCUCUUUAAGGAAGCGGAGGGGAUUGAGGAUGAAAGCAGGAGUCGGCGCGCCCGCGGCGGGGGAAAGCACCGGCUAACCGGCGGCGAUGAAGAAGACGCCUCAACCAGCCUCCUUAAAGCCGACAUGAGCAGGGUAAUGGAUGAGAAGGCGUCCGCAGACGAAGCUCGGCUUAAACCCGCCGCCACCGCGGAGGAGAAGAAGUUUUCCAGCCUGCUCCCUGAGCGAGAUGCCUCCCCUCCGCCCAGCCCCCCCUGCCUCGCCGCCUCGUCGCUGCAGCGCCAGGACUCGGGGCCCCACGGCAUCAGGGGGAUCCUCAAGAAGAGCCGCUCCACCAGCGUGGAGUCGGACCAGAGCGAGGGCUCCGUGCCCGAGCGAGCGCCGGCCCGCCAGAGCAGCGUCACGCUCAGCCACCCAGAGAGCGAGGAAGAGGAGGACGAGGACGAGGCGAUCGAUGAGGAUCUCAAUGGCGAGGACGAGUCGCUGAGCGAAGACGUGACGGACGGAGGGAGCUUCAGCGCGGGCCGGUCGCGGGGGGAGAGCAGCGGCGGCGGCGGCAGCAGCGGGGGAAGCUUCGAGGAGAUGCGGAGCCCCUCACCCGACGACAGCCUGGAGCAGACGUCCACCGUGUCGGAGGACGUGGAGGAUCUGGACAGCAGCCUGGACGGCAGCAUGGGCGCCUCGCUCAAACAGAGACUGGCAGAGUUAACUGGCGGAGACAGUGAGAAGAGGGAAAGAGUGAGAAAGCUGAGGCCAUCUGACACGAUCCAGACUUCUCUGGCUGAUCGCUUCGGCCAGCUCCAGGAUGCUGAGAAUGCCUGGAAGAAAAAGAAGUCCUCCGUCGAUCUGGAGCCCAAGAUGUCCCUGGCGGAGAGGAUGAAGAUCCUGAAGGAGAAGGAGGAGCUGUGGAAGAACAAAGGCAAAGGAGCGGCCAACGACUCGGUGCAGUUCACCGUGGCUGGACGCAUGGCCAAGAGAGGACUCGUGUCCGGAAAAGAAGAAUCGCCGAUUCCCUCUCGCAAGAAGUCUCACGCCACACCUGUGAAACCGCACGAAGAAAUCUCCAGCAGGACCGAUGUGAAAGUGGAGGGAGACAAACGGCUCGACAAGCUGGAGUCCUUCCUGGACAAACUCCACAAUAAAGGCGUGAGCAAAAGCAGGACGUCCACCAUCGAGGUGACGGCGGAGACGGAGAAGGAAGUGAUGACGCUGGACGACGAGGAGACGUUCGGGAACUUCUACAAGUCCGUCCCGGCGUCGGUGCUGCAGGACUCCAGCGUGGUCGUGACCGAGGAGGACCUGAGCCAGAUCCAGGCCGACUCGCCGAAGCUGACGUCGGCCGUAGCCGAGCACAAGCGCGCGGUGCGUCCAGCCCGCAGGAACCAAGGCUCCAGGAACCCUCUGCGCGCCCUGGCCGCCCGCAACGACAUCCGGCAGGUUUACACCGAGCAGCGGCUCAACGUGGCCUCGGUGGAGACCAAGAGGAUCCAGGUGGAGAGGAUGGCGAAGCACUCCAAUCUGGCCGACGUGGCUCUCGCCGGCCUCGCCAGCAAGGAGAACUUCCGCAAGGUCAGCCUGCGCAGCGUAAAAUCCACCGACGUUGUGACCAACAACAGCGCGCUGCCGUACAACAAGCUCAUGCUGAUUCGCAUCAAAGGUCGGAGGCACGUCCAGGUGCGCCUGAUGGAGCCCACAGUUCGCUCCCUGAACAGCGGCGACUGCUUCCUCCUCAUAACGCCGAAGCACUGCUUUAUGUGGAGCGGAGAAUUCGCCAACGUCAUCGAGAAAGCCAAGGCGUCGGAGAUGGCGUCGUUCGUUCAGGCGAAGCGGGACCUGGGCUGUAAGGCGCCUCAGGUCACCGUGCUGGAGGAGGGCAUCAACACCGACAGCAGAUGGGCCAAAGAGUUCUGGAGCCUGCUGGGCGGAAAGGCCAAGUACAGAGGGGCAGGGGAGCCCGAGGAGGAUGAGCUGUACGAGAGCGGCGUGCUGGACUCUAACGGUAUCUACAGACUCCAGGGAGACAAACUUGUGCCGCACGAAGACGCCUGGGCGUCCAUUCCCAGCGUCUCCCUGCUCGACUCCAAAGAGGUGCUGGUGUUCGACUUCGGCAGCGAGGUGUACGUGUGGACGGGGAAGGACGUGCCCUUGAGCGACAGAAAAGUGGCGGUCAAGCUGGGGAAGCAGCUCUACGGCGGCAGCUACGACUACAGCAGCUGCAGAGUUAACCCUCUGGACGCCUCCUGCACCAACAAAGACGUGCCCGAGCAGGGGGAGAGCCGUCCCAGCUGGACUCUGUUCGGCCGCCUGUCCGAGCACAACGAGACGUCCCUGUUCAGAGAGAAGUUCCUGGAUUGGGCCGAGAGGAAGAAAGAAGAAGCGGCGCCGGAUGAGGAACUCAAGAGUCCGGUACACUCCGUUCCCCGCUCCCCGCUGGACCUGGAGCUGCAGCCGUGCGACGCCAAGGCCAUGCUGGACAGCGAGCCGCAGCCGGUGAAGACGGUGCUGGAGGGCGUGGACGUGCACCGGGGCUACGGCGUGGUGAGGACGGAGGACAGCCGGCAGGCGGAGCUGUCCACCGUCGGCGUGGAGGCCUGGCACAUCAGAGAGCACGGCGAGGAGGAGCUGCCCGAGGAGAGCCUGGGCCAGCUGCACGAGGGCGACGCCUACAUCGUCCGGUGGAAGUACUCCAUCACCACGCUGGUGGGGAAGCGGCAGAAACCCGGUGAACUGAGCGCCGGAGCUCCUGGGAGAGAGAGGACCGCCUGCUUCUUCUGGCAGGGCCGCCACUCCAGCGUCAGCGAGAAGGGAACCUCGGCGCUCAUGACGGUGGAGCUGGGGAGCCACAGAGGGUCGCAGGUGUUGGUGAGUCAAGGAAAAGAGCCUCCGUGUUUCCUGCAGCUCUUCAGAGGAUGUCUGGUCAUCCAUAAAGGCAGCAGAGAGGACAGCUCCAGCAAAACAGGAGCCUGGAGGCUGUUCUGCGUCCGUGGAGAGGUGGAGGCGGAGGCCUCUCUGGUGGAGGUGGACUGCCAGCGGGCCAGCCUGCGCUCCCGCGCCAGCCUGGUGCUGCUCGGCGCCCAGAAAGGCCAGCUCUACCUGUGGCACGGCUGCAAAGCGCAAGCCGGCGCCAAGCAGGUGGCCAAGCGAGCCGUGGACAAGCUGACCCAGAGGUGUCCGUCGGAGCUGGGCCUGAGCGGCGGCAGCAGUGUGAAGGUGGAGGAGGUGGAGGAAGGAGCCGAGCCUGCGGAGUUCGUGAAGGCUCUGGGCCCGCAGGACAAGAAGGCGUACGACUGCAUGCUGAAAGAUCCAGGGAAGUACAACUACACGCCUCGCCUCUUCCGCCUGAGCGCCAGCUCCGGGAUGUUCGAGUGGGAGGAGCGGCUGAGUCCCUCCAGGGUGGAGGAGGGCGUGAUGGCCAUGCCCUUCCUGCAGGAGAACCUGUACUCGGCGCAGCAGCCAGCGCUGUUUCUGCUGGACAACCGCAUGGAGGUGUACCUGUGGCAGGGCUGGCAGCCCGAGGACUCGCAGAGCACCGGCUCGGCCAAGAUGCGCUGGGACAGCGAGAGGAAGUGCGCCAUGGAGACCGUGCUGCAGUACUGCAAAGAGAAGAAUCCUCGGCGCCCCCCUCUGGCCUACCUGAUCCAAGCAGGCGGUGAACCCCUGACCUUCACCAACAUCUUCCCAUACUGGGAAAAAGACCCCAGCGUCACGUCAAAGAGCAAAGUGGUGCUGGUGAAGGACGCGCUGUCCAGCCUCAGCAAGCAGCAGUACUCCAUCGAGGAGCUGACCCGGAAGCCCCUGCCCGAAGGCGUGGACCUCAUGCGUCUGGAGGACUACCUGUCCGACAAGGACUUCAAGACACUUUUGGAGAUGAGUAGAGUGGAGUUCAACGCCCUGCCAAACUGGAAGCAAAAGAACUUGAAGAAAAGCAAGGGUCUGUUUUAAAUGAGCGUUUUCUACACAGAUCUACUGUUUUUAUACCGUUUUCAGCAGCUUUUCUUUUAUAUAUAUAUUUUUUUUUUAUCACGAGAAAAAAAAAGAAAGUAUCUUCGUUCUGUGAAGGAUUAUGAGGCAAAUGUACAAUUAUGUUGAAAUAUCGCUCCAUUUUUUAAUAACAGUGCCAUUUUUACUGUUUCCUUUUGUCUAUAAAAUAUUGUAGCCAAAAAUCAUUAUGUGCAAUUGUUAGUCUUUUUGAUGGAAAGAUGUCCCCCGUCUACAUUUGUUACCAUCAUGAUAUAAAUAUGUAAUAUACCUUGAAUGAAUGUGUUUUUUUUUUUU